AUGGCGUCACCCAACAUUCUAGAUGGAACAGACGAGCAGAACGCAAGCCCGUCGACAAACGCUCCCAGUUGUCGUAACGCUCAUCCGGAGUCCUGUACUACCUCAGAUGACGCUACUAUGGUACCAGCUUCCCUUGACAUUACCAACACCAAUAUGGUACGGGAGCCCUCCACACCAAAGUGUGAAGAGGAGCCAAAUUCAUCUUGCUCCAACAUUCCCGAAGAAUCCACUGCCCAUGAUCCAGUCCCUCAAGUUGACCAAAGCGCCAUACCGGAGCCGACAGAACGUACCAGUCUUGUGAUAUCUGACACAGCCUCCGGCUGCAGUACCAAUACUUUAGCUUGUGGUGCAGAUAGUUCCAUCGCUUCAACAGCUGAUUCAAACUCAAACGAACCCCGACGUGUCGUUCUCACGAAAAAGCUAUUCAAGACUCCAAAGGAGCGUGCUGCUCAGGCUGCAGAAAAUGAGCGGCGCCUAGAAGAGGCUGGAGACUUGUUUCGGCGAAGCUUGAUCAUCAAAUCUCCUACUACGGUUACUCCACAAUCUUCUACACCAGCCGGACCAGCUGAGCCCCAUGACGAUGGUGAUGUGGAGAUUGUCGAGACAGGUCAUCAUUUCUCUCCUAUUGAGCUCGACACUGAAGCCGAAGAUGCCUCAGCGGUGGCUCGUUUCAAGUCCUACAAAAGAAGUUACGAGCGCAAGAAAAAGAAUGGUGAGAACUCGGUGCAGGACGACAUUGCUUUCUCAAAAGCUCGAAAUGCAGAAGAGCAUCGACUCAAGCUCAACUCAAGAAAACGAGCAUAUGAAAACAUAGACUCAGGAGUCGACGAUGAUGACGCGCUCUUUCUUUCCGAACGGACUCUCUCCGCUCCAAUGAACAAUUCUAUACAGGAAGAGGGCUCAGGCACCCCGGCAGCUCCGAAAAGGCAUAGAGGUCGGCCAAACAAGAUUCCAGAGUCUGCUUUACAGGAUGCUACGCGGAUUGGCUAUGCUGCUCUUGAGGCCGAGGGCCGCAAGGAUGCAAGCAGGAAGCGUCAGCCUAAAGGAACGGGGAAGAAUAAAACGCCAAAAAGUCCGAAGACCCGUGUGUCAAAAGCGAAAGACAAGAAAUACCCCGAAGGUGGACCAAAGCCGAAACGAGGCAGGAAGCGUAAGGGGCCUGAGAUGCUGAACAUGGAAACGUUGUUCAACAAUGAUAUCGUUGCAGCAGCUCAGGCAAACGUUGGAAAGGCGGCACAGCCAGGUUUUACCUCAACCAAUAAGAAGACUGCUCUGGCAGAGCUGAUCGCCAGCAUCCCAGAGUCGGAGAGAACCACACACAAUGCUGACAAGAACGCUCUUGACAAAGCUACCAGGUCAUUCACCGGACAUGCCGCAAUGAAGGCUGAUGGUAAUAACGGUUGGCGUCUUCGAGGUAUGGCAACGUCAUUGUAUCACUAUCAGCUGCUUGGGGCAGCAUUCAUGCGAGAUCGCGAAAACUCUUCAACGCGACCGUAUGGUGGGCUUCAGUCGGACGAGAUGGGAUUGGGAAAGACAGUAACCUGCUUAGCAAAUAUUGUUGAUGGGCAGGCACCGCCGAAGAGUCCAAAUCGCACAACUCUUAUCGUCUGUCCGGCAGGGCUGUGCUCGCAAUGGCUGAGUGAGAUUAAAAAGCAUGUCAUGCCAGGAACUUUCCAGGAGACCAUUAUUUACCGUGCUGGAUCCCGGCUCGAGUCAGCCGAUCCUACCAAGACUUUAUCCAACACGGAUAUUGUCAUUACAUCGUAUGGCGAGGUACUGCGCAGCUAUCCUCAUUGCAAAACACCAAUGCACCUGGUCACUCCAGACGCGAAGGCAAGUUGGUGGGCUGAGUAUUUCAAUGCGAACCGCGGCGUCUUGCACAAGAUAUUCUUCCGCAGAAUCGUCCUAGAUGAGGCACAAGCAAUCAAGAACCAUAGCUCGAAGACCUCUGUGGCUAUUCGAAGCCUCUCUGGGAAGUAUCGUUGGGCCAUCAGUGGAACUCCAGUUCAGAACAAUCUUGAAGAGUUCUUCCCGUUCUUCUCAUUCCUAAAGGUUCCUCACACGGGCAGCCUUGAAACUUUUAAGAACAAUUUUGCUGGGCGUAACGAGACAACCGACCGUCGACUCCAGACUUUGCUGCGGCAGAUCAUGAUUAGAAGAACUCAUCUCGACACAAUCUUUGGCCGCCCUCUGCUCCAGUUGCCCGGGAUCACGACUAAAACUGUCUCGGUUGAGUUCAACGACUGUGAGAAGGCAGUCUAUAAGAUCGUGAAGAAUCGUUUUGUUGCGAAGAUUCGUAUGUACGCCAGAUCUGGGGAGCUGGACAAAAACUUUCAGAGCAUCUUCGUCCUCUACCUGCGACUACGCCAGUUGACCGGUCACAUUCUGCUAAUUCAGCAGACCCUAAAAGAACUCAUGGAGGGUGAGGACCUCGAAAAGCUUUGGCGGUUGACCGAAGAUGAAGUGCAACCCCAACGAGAAGGUGGCAGUCAGAAUAUGCUUACACAAUUAAGGAAGAUGCUUUCACGAGCACAAGAUGCUCAAGAUUCACUCACCAACGAGACGGUCCAACCGGAUGCGGCCGACUCCCAUACGAAUGAGGCUAAUGCCAAAGAAGCAGCUGAUGACUUGGGUGGCACGUUCGGUACUGCUUUCAGGUUCAGAAAGUAUCUGCGCACUCUGCAAGAAAGUGGGAAAUGGGCAUUGAUGAAUCAGCGAUCUCUCUGCCACAAGUGUGGAGGUAUCCCGGACAAUCCUCAUGUCACUUCCUGCUAUCAUGUCUAUUGCAAAGAGUGUCUACAAGCUAUGCUCUUCGAUGCGAGUAAGACCAACAAAGAUAAAGCCAACUGCCUCGCAUGUGAUGCAAUGUUCGAGCACACCGAACCUUGCCACGGUUUCAAUGAGGCACGGAAGCAGCUCAAUUCUCCUGUGUCUGGAGGGCAGGCUCGCCGAGCUCGAAGGUCUGCAGAUAGCGCCGAUAGUGAUAUUGACUGGAUUUCUGUAGGCGGCUCCAUUCUUCCCUCAGCAAAGACUCUAGCAGUCAAAGCUCAGAUACAAAAUUGGGUGGAAGAAGAUCCGACUUGUAAAAUUAUCAUCUUCACUCAAUUCCGAGACAUGAUUCGGAUUCUAGCUCGCAUGAUGCAAGAGGAACGAUGGGGCUGGUCUCAAUUUCAUGGGGGUAUGUCGUUUGCAGCUCGAGACAGGGCGAUCUUGGACUUCGCAGAGAAAAACGAUACGAAAGUGUUGCUCGCUUCGCUCAAAGCUGGUGGCGUUGGCCUCAACCUGACCAUGGCAUCGAAAGUGAUCAUUGUUGAUCUCUGGUGGAACGAAUCUGUUGAGUCGCAAGCCUUUUGCCGCUGUUUCCGCAUCGGACAAGACCGGCCAGUUGAUAUUUGCCGCAUUGUGGCCAAAGACACCAUCGAUGAUGACAUUCUCGCCAUGCAAGCACGAAAGACCUCGGAAAUCGACCUAGCUAUGGCUGCUAAGAACCGGCCGGGCAAGCUAUCGACUGAAGAACUGCUCCGUCUCUUCGGCCCGAUCGAUUGGAAUGAGGGCCACGAGGACAAAAUCGUUGCCGACCCUUUCAUCUUCGUCGAGGACGAAGACGAUGACGACGAUCAAUCCGACAGUGGAGCCCCAACCAGAGUGCCAAUUCCGUCAUUCGUGUAG